AUGGAGACUACAGUCCCAUCAGAUCACACAGAGCCGUCAACUGCUGUUACAGAUGCUCCUGCUGUUCCAUUUGAUCCCAGCCGAAGUUAGUAUCUUGAUUCCGUUCUGUAUCUUUCCCCACUUGUUACGUACAUCAUGAAGUAUAAUAGAAAAUUUCUCAUCUGGAUCAGAAACUUCACACUACCUUCUGUUUAAGAUGCCCUCUAAUGGACUGCUAUUCUUCAGUAGGAAAUUUGGAACUUAUUUUAUAGCUACCACAUUGAGAGAAACCAGCCUUUUCAGGAGAUUAGAGUAUCCAAAGUAGUCCAGUGUUGAUGCUAAAAUAUUCGAUGGGCAUAUGCCUGAAUAUAUAUACCUCAUGGAAGUUUUUGGCAACAUAACAAUGCUUGUUUUGUGAAUAUGAGAAUGGAUGUUUUGAAUCGAAGCUAGGAUAAUUUAUGGUUAGUUUUUGGUAUCAUCAACCGUGUGCUGUACAUAGUAACUGUUGUUGUUUGAUCCUUGGAGCUCUUAUAAAAUUAUUCUUUUUGUUCAGAUUCAUGAUGCUUUGAUCCACAACUCUGCUAGAAUGAAGCUGAGAAUAGUAGCAAGUAAAUAUUUUGGUUCUAUACAGAGAUUUCAUGCCUUCUUUUUGCUGGGCAGUGGUAGGCAUUAUCAAACGGAAAGCUUUGAUUAAAAAUCUGGCUGAUGCUUACCAUGGGGAAUGUCUCAAGUACUGUCAAGAGCUUCUGGAACUGCAGAGAAAGUGGGGCGAGGUUAGAAAAUCAUACCCCGUUCCUGUAUUUUAUUCAUUUUAUGUAUUUUGAAACAUCAUUUCUAGACAGAGACGUGACUUUAAUUUCAGUGUGCGACUACUCAGAAAGUAAGUUAUCUUUUAGCAUUUUCUGUGAUCAGCCAAUCUGUUCUAUUCAUCAUUGUCUCACUUGCUAUUAUUCAGGGUGCACACAAUUGAUCGAAUUUCUUGUAAGCCUCACAUGAACUGUAGCUAAACUGUGGCUACACCUCCUCCAUCCUCUCUUCUGUCAUUUGAAAGUAUGGGCCACACGUUAAUGAGUGCUGGGCCCAGUUAGGUCUCUUCCUUUUCAGCUUUGUUUUCAGGCCUGAGGCCGAAAGAGGGGGCCAAACCGGGUCAAGUUACAGUUUACCAUGCCUAUGGACAGCCUUACUCACCCCAUCCCCACCCCCCCUCAUUUACUUCCCACAGAUUUGGUCCUCGUCAGCUGAGAUAUAGAAGGCUGACCUGUCUGAAUAGGCAGAUCUAUUUGUGAUCUCAGUAGAUGCUACAACCCUUAACUCUCAGAUAUGUCCAACCCUGUCACACCAGAUUAAGGUAGCCAAUGUGUUGUGAGGCCAGAGCUGGGCUGGCCCAGUUUCUUUCAUGGUUACAUCUCGAAGCCAAGGCGAGGUAAAAAAUUAGACCUCCUGUCUCCAGCCAGGCUUUCAUGGGGUGUGGCCCGAAAGCCCUAAGUCCCGUUUUUUCAUCUCACAUCUGUUCAUGAUCACUCACACAGCUCUCUCUCUCUUCCACACUGAUAGACGGAUAUAAAGGGGAGAACUCGUUUUUCGUCUUUUCUCCAGGUUCACCACUGCAGUUAUUUUAUAUUUUCAUAUUUGAUUAGGGUUGAGAUAUUAGGAAAAUAUAUUAGAUGACUGGUCUUGGUAGAGCUACCAUGCAGCUGGAAUGUUCUCAUCUCAGGAACUGCUGGAUGGUUGGCUUCCAGUAACCCAGUUUGUGUUUUCUGUAAGGGCAUAGAUGAUCAAGGCUCCUAGAAAGUGUAUGCCCUCAUUGGGUUGGGCAUGCCAAGGUCUGGGCUUUUUCCCCAUGUGUGGAUGUGAAUGCCUUCAUUGAAGUUAGCUAUUGCACUCAGGUAGUCUACAGUCCAUUAGCUUUUAGGGUUCUUCCAUUCUUCUCUGGUACGUUGGCAACAAUAUUGGACUGUUUUUGCUGUACCCCCGAUGUAUCUGCUGCCCUUCUAGCCAACUCUCUAAAUUACGUUUGUGA